ACUGCGAGAGGUGACAACCCUGGUGGGUCUACGUGAGGAGAAAUACUUGUCAACAACAAAACAUUUUUCGGCUAAAAAUUAAUUAAAAUCAAGCACUCACCAUGAAAGUAUCCAUUUUCGGCGACCUAAACACUUUCGAGCUGUUUGUCCUGUGCACUCUGAUACCGGCGGUUUUCGUUUACCUAUGGAGUCUAAUAACUGGUGAUAUGAAGAACUUCAAGGCCAGCAAAUUGAGCUAUACAGUUUACACGGCCAGGGACCCCGUCAAUUGCUAUCAGGACUACGUGCCGGAAAAACAAAAGGACUCUUAGGAUACCUAUAUUUUAUUAGCAAUACUAAAACUUGUACAUAAAUGCCAAAAAAGCUGAGGAUCAAAGAAAUCUAUACAGAGCAAUAAACAUUUUUGUGUUGUA